CGCAGCGAACCUCUAUGUCAUCACAGCCUCGCAUUUCUGCCUUGUCCUCUCCACAAUCGACUCAGAUAUUGUUGUUUUAAUUGAAACAGGCCUAGAACACCGACAGUCGUGUGCAAGCGACAGUUCUUAGGGGUAGGUCCAAGAUGAGCUGUGACCCGGCAAGCACACUUCCCAGGUAGGCCCGUUGGUACCUGUGAACUCGGCAUCCAUCAUGGGGCAGAGCUACUCUCUCACGACGCCGUAUGCUGGCUCUGCCGGCAUCGACGUCCCAGAACUGUCAGACCUCGUCCACGAGAGGUCCCUCGGAAGCGCUCGCUUUAUGAAAAGCAUCCGAGCUCGGAAUUACGAUGGUCUAGUCCUCGUCAAGGUCACUGUAAAGCCCCACACGCCCAUGUCCUUGCAGUCGUAUGGCAACAAGAUACUGCUCGAACGAGACAAACUGAGAGACGUUCCAAACGCCCUGGGCUACGAGCGCGCCUUCGAGACCGAGAUGAACGCCUAUCUUAUUCGACAGUACCUUUAUAGCUCCCUAUACGAUCGCCUAUCCACAAGACCCUUCCUGGAGGAUAUCGAGAAGAAAUGGAUAUCUUUCCAGCUUCUAUGCGCUUUGCGCGACUGCCACGCCAGGGAUGUUUACCACGGAGAUAUCAAAACGGAGAACAUACUCGUCACCUCCUGGAACUGGGUCUAUCUGUCUGACUUCACCGGUAGCUUCAAGCCCUCGCGCCUUCCCGACAACAACCCGGCGUUGUAUUCAUAUUUCUUCGACAUAUCAAGUCGCCGGACAUGCUACAUCGCGCCAGAAAGAUUUCUUGCCCCUGGGGAGGAUGCAGAGGACAGCGACGGGAUUACUUGGGCCAUGGACAUAUUCAGUGCUGGCUGUGUUAUUGCAGAACUGUUCCUGGAGACCCCCAUCUUCCACCUCAGCCAGCUUUACAAGUACCGCCGUGGCGAAUAUGAUCCCGUUAUCUCGCAUCUUAGCAGGAUACCAGAUCAAGGCCUGCGGGAAAUGCUCUCGAGCAUGGUGGCGCUGGACCCUGAGAAACGGUAUUGUGCUGAACAGUACUUGGAUGUCUACAAGGGAAAGGUAUUUCCCGAAUAUUUCUACAACCCCCUUCAUCAGUAUAUGGAGUCGGUUACAGAUCUUACGUCUGGGCGGGCGCCCAUCUCGGGAAUGUCGAAGAACCUUGGCGAAGCCGAUGAGCGAAUAGACCGGGUUUACUACGACUUCGAUAAGAUCUCGUACUUCCUGGGUUAUUCCGAUACCAAGGAGACUUCAACACAGUUGUCACAUUUCACCCCCAGGUUAGGACUCGGCCUUCUCCCGGUGAGGCUCAACAUACCCAACAAUGAGCACUACACAUCUAUCACAACACAACCCUCUGCGGAUGAUGGGACCUUGAUCUUUCUCACAUUGGUUGCUGGGUCGCUCCGUAAUACGGCCCGGGCAGCAUCAAAGAUACGAGCAUGUGACGUUUUGCUGGCAUUCUCGGAACGAUUGACAGACGAGGCCAAGUUGGACAGAGUCCUUCCCUAUUUGAUGACUUUGCUCAAUGACGACUCUGAUAUCGUGGCUAUCGCUGCGGUUCGUGCGGUGACGCAGCUUCUGGCCAUGGUGACAGUCGUCACACCUGUCAAUGCACACGUCCUGCCAGAAUACAUCAUGCCCAGGAUGCAGGUGUUUCUGUCAGGCGCUUCCCGACAGCCUGUUCUAGGAAAAGAGCGCAGAGAGCCAACUCUUUUAGUCAGGGCUACAUAUGCAUCUUGUCUGGGGAGCCUAGCAACGACAGCCUCUAGGUUUUUGGAGAUGACUGCCAUUCUGAGAGCGGAAGGAUCCAUUUCUGCCGCUGAUCCCGAGGUUGAAGCCGGGAGUGAUGAUGCUGCCUUUGACAAUUUGUUUGACAACGCGCAACGGGAGCUUGUAGAACUAUUUGAGGUGCACGCAAAAGCUUUGGUCGAAGACUCGGACGCAUCGGUUCGCCGGGCAUUCCUCAGCUCAGUCCCGGAGCUUUGCAUGUUCUUUGGAAGUGCUGAAUCGAAUGAUAUUCUACUAACUCACUUGAAUACCUACCUGAACGAUCGAGACUGGAUGCUGAAAUGCGCCUUUUUCGAUACGGUUGUCGGUAUUGCUACGUUUCUCGGCAGCACAAGUUUGGAAGAAUUUAACCUGCCCCUAAUGGUCCAGGCUCUGACGGACCCUGAGGAGCAUGUUGUGCAAGCAGCGCUGCAUUCUUUAGCAGAGCUGGCCAAGCUCGGUCUGCUGUCCAAACCAAAGAUAUGGGAACUGGUGGAUGUGGUGGGUCGCUUCACCAUGCACCCGAACCUAUGGAUCCGAGAAUCGGCAGCAGAGUAUUUGUCGAGCGCGGCGAAGCUCCUAUCACCCGCGCAAAUCAGGUGCUUGAUAUUGCCGCAAGUUCAGCCUUUCCUGAAAGGCGCCAUAAUCCCUGACUUCUCCGAACUUGGGCUCCUCGACGCGUUAAAGAAACCGUUAUCCCGAACUGUGUUUGAUCAGGCUCUGGUGUGGGCCCAGAAAGCCGAGAAGGGCUUGUUUUGGAAGGCAAUACAGAAACAGAAACAAUCCAUGUUCAACAUGGGGUCUACAGGCAUAGCCAUGAAGUCCUCGCGAGAGUCGCAACCUAUUUUCAUGAGCAAGGUGUUGAAGAACGAUGAAGAUGAGCAGUGGCUUGCACGGUUGCGUAACCAUGGCAUGGCACAAGAGGACGAGUUCAAGCUUCUUGUUCUAAGAGAGUUCAUUUGGCGACUCAGUCAAAUGAGAGGUCGAGACUUGUUGGCUUCGGAUGCUCCAUCAAAGGGGCUCGGCGACAUCGUGAAUGUGCGAACCAUCAAAUCGACCAAAAUACAGAAUGUCAUGUUCGACGAAACAGUGCCUCCCGGCGAACCUACACAGCAACCUAGAACACAAGCGGGUCCGGACGAAGGUCCUUAUACCAUUGCCGAUGCUCUUCUCGAUGCAUCGAUGACCAUUGACGAACCAGUAGGCAGACGGCGGCGAGCUGCCUUGAACAGCCACCGCACAAGGAUGAGCAGCACAGGCGGUGCUGUAUCGCCGCAGAAUAUAGAAAGCAGGGCUUCACUAUCGCCUACACACACCCAACCGUCAUCCCCUACAGGCGGCCGUGCGAGCUUUGACGAUGCGAGACGAGCAUCGUCGACCUCGCGGGGACGUGCGUCAGUUAGGGACGACGAAACGUCUUCACAAGAUCGACCUUACUCAGCCCGCCGUGCGAUCCGUCAUCAGUCAAGUGCACUUGACUUGUUGAAUCGAAAGGACAGCAACAGAUCUGUUCCCGAAACCGGGACCACGGAAACCAACGCGUUUGGGCAGGUUGAAGGGCCUUUUGCUCAGAAUCCACCACCGAGGAUAACACUCCCGGAGAAGAUAGGCGAGAACGGUGAAAGUGGGCCAAAGAGGAAAGUGGCUCAUUCUUACGAAGGCAGCGAUCCCAAUAUUAUGAAGAUGUUGGACGGCAUGUACUUCGAUAACUACCCACACGACAUUGCUGAAUUUGGCCCUCUUGUCACGCCACCAUCUCGGCGACAAAACACCACUAGGCACACCUCACAGGGAGUAGAUGAGGCCUGGAGGCCCACUGGGAAACUAGUUGCAACCUUUGCUGAGCAUACGGGGGCCAUCAAUCGCGUCGUUGCGUCUCCUGAUCACAUGUUCUUUAUAACCGGUGGUGACGAUGGUACAGUGAAAGUGUGGGACUCGUCGCGGCUUGAGCGUAAUGUCUCUCACCGCGCGCGACAAACGCACAAGCACCCGCUCGGCGGCAAGGUCGUUGCGCUUUGCUUCAUCGAACAUACGCACUGUUUCGUGAGCUGCUCGACGGAUGGCACUGUACACAUUGUGAAAGUCGUUGCCAGUCCGUCGGCGUCAUCGACAAAAUACAUGCAACUCCGACUUCUCCGCGAGUACCAGCUACCAAAAGGGGAAUAUGCUGUUUGGUGCACACAUUUCAAGCUCGAGCUUCAUUCCGUCCUCCUCCUCGCUACAACUCGCUCACGCGUGGUUGCUAUCGACCUGCGUACCAUGACACCCCUUUACGCGCUCGAGAAUCCCGUCCAUCACGGCACGCCAACCUGCUUCGUAGUCGAUCGUAAGAGGUUCUGGCUACUCCUGGGUACUUCUCAUGGCGUGCUAGAUCUCUGGGAUCUUCGCUUCAAGCUUCGCGUCAAAAGCUGGGGGAUCCCGGGCAAGUCGCCCAUAUAUCGCCUCGCUCUGCACCCCAGUAGGGGCCGGGGCAAAUGGGUCUGUGUGGCGGGUGGGACGGGCUUGGCCGAGGUGACGGUUUGGGAUAUCGAGAAGGCGACGUGUCGGGAGAUAUACCGCGCCACUGGCUCCUCGUCCAAGGACGGACCGCGUGACUACGUAGGCUGGGACGUUGAUGAAGACAAACCCGAGGGUAUGUUGGGUCGGUUUGCGACUAACAUCGAGCCGUCUGCGAGUGCCGCCGAUCGUUGCAUCAGGGCUAUGAUUGUUGGGAGUGCUUCCAUGGAGGAGCAGCGCGACGUGCGGCAUGGGUAUAUUAUUACGGGGGCUGCGGACAAGCAACUAAGGUUCUGGGAUCUGAAUCGCAUCGAGCAGUCGUGCGUGUUCAGCGGCUCACCAAACGAGGACUCCAAGUCCGUCUUUACAAAUCACAUAUCGCCCCAAUAACCCGGGCUUGACGCUGAACGUGGAGCGCAUGCCCAAGAGUACUGCUUCUGCAUCCUCAACGACCGGUGGGGAACAAAAAGGCGGCAAUAAUAAGAAUAACAGCGGCGAUUAUUCACCUACAGCAGUAACGCCGCCAGCGAAGAAGGGCCGUGAGAAGCCACCGCGGCACACUGUAAUCUCAGCCGAGCAGGCCAGGCUGCUUAGAAGCCAUCUGGACUCCAUCCUCGACGUGAUCGUCCUCGAGGUGCCGUACACCAUGACGGUAUCGGUCGACCGGUCCGGAGUCAUUUUUGUGUUUCAGUAAGGCUGGAGACCUUUCAACCCGUUGGCGGUUCUGAGAGGGCUGGAAAGGUUGGAGGGGUGGGGUCAGAAGUGGGAGGCAAGGAUGUCGAAGGAGGGGAUAAUGGGAUC